AUGGCGGAGGCGAGCUUGGAUGAGAAUGGCUAUGUGGGACGAGAGAAACGCAUCAAGCACUAUAGCAAUCUCCACAGAAUACUGCUUGUGGGCGAGGGUGAUUUUUCCUUUGCAGCUUGCUUGGCCAGGACAUUUGGCGCCACCGUCAACAUGGUCGCCACCUCGCUCGACUCGAGAGACAUGAUAAAGAAGUGUUAUGCAACAUCAGCGAUUAACAACUUGGAAGAGAUCGAGGGCUUUGGGGGCACCGUUUUGCAUGAAGUGGACGCUCGUACCAUGAGCAAACACCCCAUUCUCAAGCACAAAUCCUUCGAUCGAAUCGUCUACAACUUUCCUCAUGCUGGCUUCCACGGCCCUGAAGAAUCCUUACUCCAGAUUGAGCUUCACCGAGAUCUGGUGAGAGGCUUCCUGAAGAAUGCGAAGAUGAUGCUGAUGGAGGACGGGGAGAUUCACGUGACGCACAAGAUGGCGCAUCCAUACAGCAAGUGGGAAAUCGAGAAGCUGGCCAAGGAACAAGGCCUGUUCUUGGUCGAGGAAGCGCCGUUCUCUGCAUGGGAUUAUGGAGGGUAUGUCAAUCGGAGAGGCUCGGGCGCAAAGUGUCAUCGGACUUUCCCAAUCGGAGAAGCCUCUACUUACAAGUUUAGCAAAAAUGAUCACGGAAUCCAUAUCGUUAAUGCUCUGCUGAAUUUGAAGUUGGCCGAUCUUGUUGAGCAUGCUGAAGCGAAAUGAUCACUGGGUAGUAUAUAUGAUGUGGUGUAGUUCUAAGCAGUCUUCUCCAGUGGUGUAGUUCUAUGCAGUCUUCUCCAGCAGUGCAUGAAUGAAGCUUUAACUUCGUAAUCUAUCUUGGAAUGCAAUUCAUUUUUAUGCAUGCUUUUGGGAGAAAGUUUUUCGGAUUUUCCACCAGAAAAAAUAUUUUAGAUCAAUUAAAAA